AUGGCUAAACAUACGAUUUCAACUAAACGAAUAAAACGACCUCAUGCUUAUGAAAAUCUUAUUAGUAGUUUAGACACAGAAAGUGAUCUGAAUGAUCUAACACUUGAAAAUUUAACAAGUCUUGAAUUUGAUCAAAGUAUUGAAGAAGAUCAACAAAUAAAUAAAUCAGUGGCUCGAAGUUAUAGCAAUCUUAUAUAUGAGUCACUUUCAUAUGAUAUCCGACGUCAAUCUCAAGUAUCAUCAAUUAGUGGACAAUUACGUAAUUUACGUCGAAAAUUUAGUGAUCGAACUGAUGCUAUUAAAGAAAUUAUUCAUCAACCACCAGAUUACGAAGAUAAUGCAACAACUGCUAGUGUUAUUGUGCGUGAAGAAAAACAGCAACAACAAUUUCCUGCUAGAUCAAUAUUUGCAUCAGAUAGUGAAAGUCAUGCUUCAACAACUAGUCUAGCUAUAGAAGGCAAUGGAAUAAAACAACGUUUACAACGAAUUCUUUUUCGUUGUAUACGAAAAUCUGGUUUUCGAAAACCAGUUGAUACAGAUAGUAAUGCACAUUUAAUUUGGUUAACGUUAGUGGCUAUGGCAUAUUUAUACAAUUUUAUAUCAAUACCAUUACGUAUAGCAUUUCCAAUAUGGAAAAACGGCGAAAGAAACAUUUGGUUAUGGAUGUUAAUCGAUUAUUUAUGUGAUGUACUCUAUUUAAUAGAUAUAUUUUUUGUUCAAACAAGAAUUAAAUAUUUAGAAAAUGGACUUUGGACUACAGCAUUUCGUUUAACUGCUAUGAAAUAUUUUCAUUCAUUACGAUUUGUAUUUGAUUGUUUAUCACUUUUACCAUUGGAUGUUCUUUAUUUUCUUUUUGGUUUUCAUGCAAUUUUUCGAUUAACACGUUUACUUAAAAUACGUUCAUUAACAGAUUUUUUUCGUUCUUGUGAUCGUUGGGUACAAUCAUUUUUUGCUAGUGUUCGUCUUGUAAGAAUUCUUGCAUUACUUCUAUAUGUUAUAUUAUCUGUACAUGUAUAUGCAUGUAUUUAUUUUCUUUUUUCAAAUUAUGAACGUCGAAAUGGUGUUGAUAAUGGUUGGGUUUAUAAAAUAGAAAAUCAACCACGUAUGAGUGCAUAUUCAUAUUCAUUUUAUUAUUGUUUUAAAAUUGCAUCUACAAUUGGCAAUAUUCCAAGUCCAGAAACUGGACCUGAAUAUGUAUUUGUUAUAACGGGAUAUUUAUUAGCAUUAUUUAUAUUUGCUUUAUUAAUUGGACAAAUACGUGAUGUAUUUCAAUCAAUGAAUCAAAGACGUUCAGAAUAUCAAAAUAAAGUUGAACAAGUUAUGCAAUAUUUAACAAAAUUUGGAAUACCAAAAACUGUACAAGACAGAGUUAGAAAUUGGUUUCAAUACAAUUGGGAAGACAGGAAUACACUUGUAGAAGAUGAUGAUACAACAUUAUCAUUUUUACCUACAACUCUUCAAACUGAACUUGCUAUUAGUAUUCAUUACGAUACAUUAUCAAAAGUACAAUUAUUUCAGGGUGAAAUCGGUCGAGAAAUGUAUAUUGUUAAUCAUGGAAUUCUUGAUGUAUUUAUUGAUGACAAACGUAUAGCUGGUCUUGAAGAUGGUGCAGUUUUUGGUGAAAUUAGUUUACUUGAAGUAGCAGGUGGUAAUCGACGUACAGCUGAUGUAAUUUCACGAGGCUUCUCAACAUUAUUUACUUUACAUAAAGCAGAUUUAAAUGAACAAUUAAAAGAUUUUCCAGAAGCUGGUAAAGUUCUUCGUCGAAAAGCCAAAAAAUUAAUGAAACGUUCAUCUAAACCAGAAGAAGAAGAAACAGCUCAUGAUGAUGGAAUUGUUCAAGCAGAACCAAUUAUUGUCGAUCAUCCACCAAAAUCAGAUCCUAAAUUACUCGAUACAGUUUUGAAAGCUGUCGGUUCGAAAUCAAAGUUAGCAGAAGUAUUAACUCGACCUCGACCAAGCAUAUAUCCAGCAGUCUCAUUAGAAGUUCCUGAUAUUGCUAUAUCAACAAAUCAUGAACCAAUUCGAAACUCAACUGACAAUGAUCAUCAUCAUAAUCGUAUAAUCCCAACAUUAACAGUAACACCAGUUGAUGCAACAACAGCGCGAAUUCAAACUCUUCGUCAAAGACUUUUUUCAACUCCAUUACAAAAUUUACCAUCAGCAAUGCAAUAUCCAAACGAUGAAGAUGAUUUAUUUAUUCAUCGUACGUUACCAACAUCAGAAACAAGCGUAACUUUGCUAUUUGAUGAUGAUCUCGUUUAA